GCAACACUCGACCCCUCCCCUCCCCUCCCGCCAUCGAUAGCAAAGAGAGGAUACGAAGUUUAGGGUUUACGGGUCAGCCCACUCUAAUGGAAGCGCCGCCAGUGGAGCAAAUGGCUGCCGCCACCCUCGGCGACGUCGCCACCGUGGCCAAGCACGAGUUCUCGGACCGCGUCCCCAUCAGGUCGAUCGUCUGCCGCCCAGACGGCGGCGCGGGGCUCGCCGGCCAGCGUGUCAGGGUCGGCGGCUGGGUGAAGACUGGCCGGAAACAGGGCGGCGGGUCGUUCGCUUUCCUCGAGGUGAGCGACGGCACGUGCCCCGCAAACCUCCAGGUCAUUGUGGACUGCGGCGUGGCGGAUCUCGGGCAGCUCGUCCCGACGGGCACUUGCGUGGCGCUGGACGGCGUGCUGAAGAUCCCUCCCGAGGGGACGAAGCAGAAUAUCGAGCUCCGUGUCGAGGAGGUUGUCCAUGUCGGACCGGUUGACCCGGCCAAGUACCCAUUGCCAAAGACCAAGCUCAAGCUCGAGAACCUCAGGGACGUCGUACAUCUCCGCCCGAGGACUAACACGAUAUCUGCAGUGGCUCGGAUUCGCAACGCAUUGGCCUAUGCAACCCACACGUUCUUUCAGAAGCAUGGCUUCCUAUACAUUCACACUCCGAUCAUUACAACGAGUGACUGCGAGGGUGCCGGCGAAAUGUUCCAAGUGACAACUCUGAUCAGUGAUGCCGAGAAGCUGCUCAAGUCUCCUCUUCCAACUGAGGCUGACAUCGAAGCUGCUAAGCUUGCCAUUGACGAGAAGGGAGCGGAGGUUUCUCAGCUGAAAUCUGCUAAAACGGGCAAACCAAAGAUUGAUGCUGCUGUGGCUGAGUUGCACAAAGCCAAAGAAAAUCACUCGAGGCUUGAAGAGAGAUCAAAACUUAAACCCGGUGUCCUCCCUGUGAAAGAUGGGAAGAUUGAUUAUUCGAAAGAUUUUUUUGACCGGCAAGCCUUCUUGACUGUCUCAGGGCAAUUGCAGGUGGAGACUUUUGCUUGUGCUGUCAGUAGCGUGUAUACUUUCGGGCCGACUUUCCGUGCUGAGAACUCGAACACUUCGAGGCAUUUGGCAGAAUUCUGGAUGGUGGAGCCUGAAAUAGCUUUUGCUGAGCUGAAGGACGAUAUGAACUGCGCGGAGGCGUACGUGAAAUUUCUGUGCAAAUGGUUGCUUGACAACUGUCUUGAUGACAUGGAAUUCUUGGCCAAGAACUAUGACAAAGGCUGCAUCGAUCGACUAAGAAUGGUUGGUUCUACUCCCUUUGAGCGGGUUUCAUAUACGGAAGCAGUCGCCAUGCUAGAGGAGGUUGUAAAGGGUGGUAAAGAGUUUGAGAAUAAGGUGGAAUGGGGAAUGGAUCUAGCAUCUGAACAUGAAAGAUACUUGACCGAGGUGAUAUUUCAAAAGCCCGUUAUCGUGUACAAUUACCCUAAAGGAAUUAAAGCGUUCUAUAUGAAGCUUAAUGAUGACGGGAAAACUGUGGCAGCUAUGGAUGUCCUUGUACCCAAGGUGGGAGAACUGAUUGGUGGAAGCCAAAGGGAAGAGCGCUACGAGAUUAUCAGGGACAGGAUUACAGAGAUGGGGCUGCCUCUCGAACCCUAUGAAUGGUACCUUGACCUUCGACGUUAUGGUACCGUAAAGCACAGUGGGUUUGGGUUAGGUUUUGAGCGGAUGAUUCUAUUUGCUACUGGUAUUGAUAACAUCAGAGAUGUUAUUCCGUUCCCUCGGUACCCAAACAGAGCAGAUCUCUGAGUUCAUUAUGCUCAGUUUUCUGCUACGGCUGCUAUUAUUAUUUGCUCUUCUUGUCUAAGGGAAAGCAACUGUCCUUACAUAGCCUUUGCUCUUCGAGUUAUUUUUGGCAUGAAUGAUGGCAUUAUAGAUGAAUUUAGAAGCAGUGCUUAUCUGCAGUACCCCUCUUGUUGAAUACAGAUUAACCGACUUGCCCGAUUUCAGUAGAAAAGUUAUUAUAGAAGAAUGGUUUGUAAUUUUCUAUCUUGUAUUGUAAAAAAUGACUGAUUUAUAGGUGUGGCCUUCAGAAAUGUGGAAUCAUUAUGUUUCAGAAAAAUUCUGGCUCAA